GUGGGAGCGUUUUUCCGGGUAAACCCAGGUAUACCUUAUAGUUUCCGGGUAUACCUUAUCCAAAGGCGGGCUUUACGAGUACUGCAGGCGGGUUUCUGGUGCUCUCAGCCUUCGCAGGUAACUUCAGUUUUAUGUUGUUGAAUGGCGGUUAGGAGCUGCAUACUUGGCAUCGCGAUUAUUCAACGUCCUGAGGGUAUCAUGUGUUCCUUAACUGUACACCAGAACAUCUCGCGCUUAAUGUUAACAUGUCAACAGACUUUAACGAUAACCGUUAACUGCGCGCGAAAAAAACUAACGGGCGCAUAGUUGCUUAGUCUUCGCCAGCCAGGAACGCCCAGAAUCAGCAGGAAAUAAAAUAUUCAGUGCUUCCGUUACUUAGCUAAGCCUUGCUGUCUCCGGUAACUGGACUUAAUACUUUGUUACGACCCGAUGAGAACACCUACCCUAACGCUCUUCCUUUUCCUCCAGAGCCUUCUGAUCCACUUCCAUCAAACAACAGCUGCAGCUGAAAUUGGCCAUGCCAGCAUCACCCUAUCCGCACCCCUAGCUGCUUCCCACCGGAUUAGCACUGCUGCUGCUGCUGAUGCUGCUGGCAAGCACAAUGCCCUCACCAAGCGCGGCUCCGAAGCCCAACGGCACCCCCACCACCAAGCACACCCGCAGCAGCAGCCUGGCGUGCCGCAGCCUGCCACACCCCGCCGGCUGCCGGACCCCCUGCAGCACCUGCGGCGCUUCAUCCAGCAGGUGCCCAAGGCCGAGCUGCAUGUGCAUGUGGAGGGUACUCUGGAGCCGGAGAUGAUGCUGCGGUUCGCGCAUCGCAACGGCCUGCCCCCGCCGUACCCCAGCGCGGAAGCAGCCCGCGCUGCGUAUAACUUCACCGACUUGCAAUCCUUCCUGGAUCUCUACUAC